GUAUCCAGACUGACAGCGUCCUGUCAGCCCGGCUGCAGAUCAUCAGGAUCUACAUCAGAGAGGACGGCCGACUGGUCAUCGAGUUCAAAACACACGCCAAGUUCAGAGGUCAGUUUGUCCCUGAACACCACACGCUGCCCGGUCAUAAGUCUCACCUGAUGGCUCCGGAUCACCUGGGAGGAAUCGAGUUCGACAUCCAGCUGCUGUGGAGCGCUCAGACCUUCGACUCUCCGUAUCAGCUGUGGAGAGCAACCAGCUCCUACAGCAGGAAGGAUUAUUCAGGAGAGUACACGGUGUUCCUGAUCCCGUGCACCGUUCAGCCCACUCAGCCCUGGAUCGACCCUGGAGACAAACCGCUGUCCUGCACCGCCCACGCUCCAGAGAAGUUUCUGGUGCCCAUUGCCUUCCAGCAGACCAACAGACCGGUUCCCGUGGUCUACUCUCUGAACACCGAGUUUCAGCUGUGUAACAACGAGAAGGUGUUCAUGAUGGACCCGGCCACCGCCGACGUCUCCAUGGCCGAGAUGGACUACAAGGGCGCCUUCUCCAUGGGUCAGACUCUGUACGGCAGGGUGCUGUGGAACCCGGAGCAGAACCUGAAUGCAGCGUACAAGCUGCAGCUGGAGAAGGUUUACCUGUGCACAGGUAGAGAUGGAUACGUUCCCUUCUUUGACCCGACGGGGACGCUGUACAACGAGGGUCCGCAGUACGGCUGCAUCCAGCCCAACAAACACCUGAAGCACCGCUUCCUGCUGCUGGAUCGUAAGCAGCCCGACGUCUGUGACAAGUUUUUCCACGACGUUCCCUUCGAGGCUCAUUUGGCCUCGGACGUCCCCGAGCUGCACGCCGUGAGCGCCAUGCCGGGAGUCGAUGGCUUCACCAUGAAGGUCGACGCUCUCUACAAGGUGGAGGCGGGGCAUCAGUGGUACCUGCAGGUGAUCUACGUGAUUGGUCCAGAGUCUCGGUCCAGCCCGAGGAUUCAGCGCUCAGUGACGUACGAGCUGAGCCGCGUCAGGCGUGACCUGGUGGACCGCAGCGGGCGUCUGACGCUCGACGAGUCUUUGAUCUACGACAACGAGGGCGACCAGGUGAAGAACGGUACCAACAUGAAGUCACUGCGCCUGGAGGCGGGGCCUUCAGGCACCUUCAACGCCCAUAUGGGCAGCACAGUGGGAGGGGGCGUGGCUGCCGUCACCCUGUUGGUCCUGGUCGUGCUGGCUUCCUGUUUCGUGUUCCGCCGCUGCAGACGUGCCGCUUUGAAGACGAAGAUGGCGGAGAAAUCGUACGAGGAGUAUCCGCUGAACACCAAGGUGGAGGUGUGUAUGGACAAGUGUAUGGAGAAGAACUUCAGCUCCAAACACUGCACCGUCAGGAACAUCAACAUCCUGAACCGCCAGCAGGAGCCCCGCCCCAAAGUCAAACAGGUGAACCUGGAGGUGAAGCUGCAAAACAACCUGAGCGACGGCACAGAGGUCUGAGGAGAGGAGAGGAGAGGAGAGGAGAGGAGAGGAGAGGAGAGGAGAGAGA